CACGUGAAAACUUGCCAGAAUUCGCACAAAUUAAACCCACCUCCCCAUGUCUCCUCGAAUUCACCAUCGUUAACCUUUCACUUUCACCCACAAAUCAACAACCCUCACAAACCCUACAGUUUCAGAACCCAAAAGCAUUUCUUUCAUCCUCAAGCUCAAGAUCACCGGCAAAAAUGGCGGAUUGGGGACCAGUUCUGGUUGCGGUGGUGUUGUUUGUGCUGUUAACGCCGGGAUUACUGUUCCAGUUACCGGGUCACAACAAGGUGGUGGAGUUCGGCAGCAUGAGAACCAGCGGCACCGCCGUCAUCGUUCACGCCGUUAUCUUUUUCGGCAUCCUUACCAUCUUCCUCAUCACCAUCGGCGUUCAUGUAUACGCCGGCUAGUACUUUCCAUUAUAUUUACAUUUAUCCCCCUUCUUCUUUGGUUUAAUUGCAAUGUAUAACCCUUUAUCUUUGUAGAAUCUUCACUUCUAGAUAUCAUUUUGGAUUUAACCCACUGGGAUGGUUCGAA